AACCCACAGAGGAACCAGCUGAGCAGCAUAUGACCACACACAGUCACACUGAGUCAGUAGACAUGGAGGAUGGGAAGCCUGAUCUGCUACUAGUCAAAGAGGAGACGAUAGAAGACGGACCAGAGAGCAUUGAUCUGCUGAGUGGACUAAAGAUGGGGGAGCAAGGUGAUUGGUUGGAGGAUAACAGAGGAGACUGGGCGGCCAUCUUGGAUUCCCAGACCCAGACUGCUGCAACCAAGGGCCCAGGGGACAACAUCACUAAGCAGGCCAGGACCAGAGCCGAGAUAGUGGAGGUCAGUGGAUGGGACAGCGACCUCAACUCUGGGCUGCGGAACAACACUGUUAACCGCAACCAGAAACAGACAGUCGAACACAAAACCACAACCGAACUUAGUCUUCAUGACAACAGAAUGGACAAAACCAGGAUGAGGCGUAGAUUUGGUCUGCAGGGACAGGGAGGUGUCCGUAUGAGAACAGACACAGACUCGGCUAGCGAUGCUCCUUCCUGCUCCUAUAGUUGUGAUUCAGAGAGACUGAUGGCGCCUCAGGUUAACCCCCUAACAGAUGCUUCCUUCAGCCUGCCUUCUAUGGGAUCUAUCAACUGGAACAUGGACCCUGUGACAACACAGACACUCCCUGGCCUUCAUCCUCCUCACACUCUCCUUAUGUUAAACCAGACCUCAGACAAUGCCAGUGCCUCAACACUAAAUGGCUACACAAGCCCAUUGACAAAUGACAGUAGUAGAGAUGGAAUGAGUAAAGGUGGCAGCGCCAAAGAGAAGCGCUUCCCAUGUUCGUUCUGUGGGAAAGCCUUCAGUUUCCCCAAACAGGUGGAGAUCCACCAGAGGAUGCACACAGGGGAGAAACCAUUCAGCUGCCUUCUGUGCCGGGCCAGUUUUUCUCAAUCGUCCAGCCUGAAUAGGCACCAAAGAGUCCAUACAGGGGAGAAACCCUACAGCUGUACCCAGUGUGAGAAGAGGUUCUCCCGCCAGCACCAGCUGAAGAUGCACCUGAAGGUCCACACAGGAGAGAGGCCAUUUGCCUGUAUGCACUGCGGGAAGAGGUUCUCAGAAAGCAGCUACCUCAGGAUACACCAGCAGAAAAUGCACACGGCCCGAGUAUAGUGACAUGUCAUGAAGUUAAUUAUGUUGUUUUUAUAUGUAGUUUGGAACUGGAUGAGGUGAACUGAGGAAAGAAUGAGUAUGAUGAGGCAGAGUAUACGAUAUGGUGAUGUUUGGUGUGAUGGUUUCUGUAAAAAUGCUUCACUGAUGAAGAGUGACAACAUUAUCAUGUUGUUUGAUCUGGUGUUUUAUAAUGAGGAAAUUAUAGUUCCUUAAUUCAUGUUUACUUGACAGGAAGUAGUGAAGAUGUGUGUAAUGUUAGGUUGAACCUUUCCCAAAGUAUUCCAGUUACCAUAUUGAGAAAAGUUCUUCUUCUCGUCACAUAUCGUUUUGUGCAAUAAAAGUACUGUUUCACAUUGUGAGUGUAUGACCAUUUUAUUCAAAUUAAAUACAAAAUUGACUCUGUG